AUGUACUGCAGCAAGGAUUGCAUUUGCAGCCUUUGCCGCGAACUGCGCGCCUACAAGCUCGCCAAGCCAGCUAAGCUGCCGCCCAAACGCAGCGCCCCCGCUCCGCCCAGCUCCAGUUCCAGCUCCCUGCUGGGACGCAUGCUAAAUGAGAAUUUCAUACUGCGCAGACGUGGAGGCGGCAGCAGCAGCGGGGGCGGUGCGGGCAGCGGCAUCAGCUCGUUGAAAUCAUUUCAGCCACAGUCGCUGAGAAAUAGCGAAAUGUUCCAACAAUCGGCAGCAUCGACGCCAACUGCACAGCUUUUUCAACGCGGCAACCAAACACCCUCACCCACGCCCAUCGAAGAGCUGCCCGACCUGACGCCGGCAACGUGCAAAACGAAGGCCCAGCGAAAGGAAGUGGCAGCCAACAGCAAGCCCAAUCACAAGGUGGUGAUUUAUUUCGGUGACUCCAUGGCCCGCGCUCCACAAUCUUCGCCACCCCAGAAAGAUGCGGCCAAGCUCCACUCGCAGCUGCUGCAAGAGAUGUCCCAGAAACUACGGCGCAGUGACAACAACAAAGACAAAGAGACGAUCAAGGAGGAGGAACCAAAGCAGCAGCAGCCGCAGUCGACGAAGUCGCCGCAGAGCGAUGAAGCCAACGCCGCUGAUGAUGAACUGCCGCCCUACAUUGAGAGCGUGCAGAAUGGCGUAAUUAAUAUCAAAAUUGAAGGCAAUUACCGACGCGCUAGUGCUCUGGUGGAAACGGUGGCAAAGCCAACGCUUGCCGUCGUGGGUCGGCCACCGCUUGAGCUGAAAUCCGACGCCAACAGCAACAGCAACAGCAACGGCAACGGCAUAGAUGAUGACGAUGAAGAUGAAGACGAUGACAGCGACCCUGGCCACGAUGCAGAGACGGCCAGCCAGUGUGAUUCGUGCGAUUGGAGUUAUGUGCAGGAGUGGCGACGAGCAGCGAAACGGCCAACGGCGAAUAUGCCUCCGAAUUUUGUGGCCCAGCAACCUCCAACGCAAAUCACAGGACUGCCACCUCCGCCGCCACAGACACAGCAACUGCAACCGGUUGGAAGUCUAAACAACGGUCCACUGCCAAUGCAGUCUCAGGUUGGACUUGGACUGGCCGUGGCGACACCAGCGCCGCGUGUGUUUAAAGAAUUGGCGCAUCAGCCGAACAAGGGAGUUUUCCAUAAAAUGGGUGCGUGUGCAGUGCCGACAGUUACAAGUCCAUUGCCACAUCUUACCAAGGCGGCAAUGCCUCAACGAGCCGUUGCGGGACCAGCACGUUUGACUGUACAAAGCACGCCAGUGAAAUCACAGCCGCCCAUGCUGAGUGGUAGUCUCCAGCCCUCACCCAAUCGGCCCACUUUAGGCAUACCCACAAAGGCACCCCCUAACGGACACAGCGGCACACCAACGCAGAGCUCAAGUGGUGUAGGAAGUGGCGGAACUGGUGAUCCUUCGCCACGCACACAUCAUCAUGAGUUUCGAGCGCUGCAGCGGGUCCAGGAAUGUCACAGCUCCUCCGAUGAGAACCGCUCCUCAGGCCAUGCCAGCAUGUCUGACACCGGUGGUCAUGGCAGCUCCUCACCAGCGGGCGGUAUGACCCUGGGACCGUUGCCAGAGGACCGUUUGGCCGCUGGCGUCACGAACCGAAGCACACGUUCCCGCUCCAGUCAGCAGCAUGCACGACCACGUCAUCGUGGCAUACCCGCUAAGGCACCCUGGAGUGGUAGUGGCCUGGAGGACAUCAAACUGGCUAUACAGCAACUGACUAUGCGAUCCCAGACCAGCACCAGUACCUAUAGCAGUCUGAGUGCUGGAUCUGAAAGCUCGGAACCGGCCCGUCGACUGGGUCGCUACUCCUCGCUAGAAACAGUGAACACAAAUGUAACCAGUGCCGAUGAAUUCGUUUGGGUAGACUCCCAUAAUCGACUAGUGGAGCUGCAACAUCCACCCUGGAGCCAAAACUGCAUUAUGCGCGUCAUGCGCAACGGGCGUUGUAAGGAGCAAGCAGAACACAUGGCCGCCGACGUCACCCCACGUCUCGGCUAUCUCCUACAGCGCGCGCUGGUAAGGAUUGCUCGCGAGAUACAACGAUUCUCAGCAGGAUUGGGUCUCUGCUCGAAGCAAGAGGUGGCAGCAGCCUUCAAGGUAGUACUCUGCUCCUCACUGGCGGACUCCUGCACGAAGGCGUGCUUGCGUGCUGCCGCCAUGUUUGCUGUGCCUGGCGAGAGUGCUCUGAAACAGAGCAAGUCGGCGCGUGCCGGUCUACAAUUGUCCGUGGGUCGUUUUUAUCGUUGGAUGACGGAUGCCCGUCUGGGCAAGUUCAUACACGAGUAUGCGGCCGUCUAUUUGUGUGCUGGGAUCGAGAAUCUGCUGGAGGAAAUCAUGCUGCAGUGCAGCAGCAACUGCACGGUACAGCAGCCACUGACAGCGGCAGCUCUGGACCAGAGCAUUGCCAGUUCGGGCGAUAUGUGGGGUCUGCUACAGCCCUUCGCCCAUCUCAAUGCCGGACGCAUAGCCUCGGGUGCCUUGACCAUGCCGCGCUGGGCUAGCCAAUCCUCCCUGGCUACCUGUGUGGGCAGCAUUAGUGAGCUGAAGGAGAAAGCUUUGCGCACCCAACAUCAAAAGUUUCAGCAUGCUUGCUUAUCUGGCGCCGCAUUGACCGCUCUCUUCUACUUCAUGCGCUGCUCUCAGUUGGAGCACACGGAGUUGACAGCUCAAACGACGGGAGGCCAGGGUCAGACGGUGGCUAAUGGGGGCAGUGCAGGCGCCGCGACUCAGAACGUCCAAGAAUUGUGCUACGAGCGUGCCUACGUGGUGCUACCACCGCUUGUGGAGUGGUUGCGUGUGGCGUCUGCUCAUGCCGAGUAUCGUAGUGCAGUGAUGAUUGACAAGGAUGAUAUCAUGCAGGCGGCGCGAUUACUGUUGCCCGGCGUGGACUGCCCCAUUCGACCGGUGGCCCAUGAUGAGGAGCUGCCCACCAAAAAGACGCACUUCAACAGUGGUACCGCAGGCUCCGUGUCGGGUACCACAUCUCCGCCGGCUGUCACGAAUAUAUGUGAGGACACCUCAGAGCUGGGACGCAGAGCAACUAUCGGUGUGGCUUUUAAGUUACUCUUGACAGGACGUGCGGAGCUUCUGGCUCAGGCGGCACAGCUGUUACCUCCAACAACACGCUACGAUACACAGAAUCAUGCGGGCAUGACCGCUCUAAUGAUUGCCAGCAUAAGGAAUGACGAGGUGGCCAUUCAAGCACUUCUCGAUGCUGGGUGCGAUCCCAAUGUGGAGGUGCCACCAGCAGGAACAGCGGGCCAUCCCGCAGUACAGGCAGAUACGCAACACUGGACUGCAGUCACCUUUGCCGCCAGUCGCGCCAACUAUGUGGCCCUGCGCAUUCUUCUUGAGCGCGGCGGCAAAGCCGAGGGCGGCGCCAGAGCUAGCGAAGAAAAAUGUACGCUGACACCUUUACAGGUUGCAUGUGGUACGGGAAAUUUGGAAAUUGUAGCGCUACUGUUGGCCCACGGCGCCAAUGCUUUCCUAUCCACACAACAGAAGGACUCCAUGUGCGUGGGAUCCGCGCAGAAGGGCUGCUUCUGUGCCAUAUCUGUGGCCGCUGCCCAUGGCCAUCGUUCGUGCCUCCGCAAGCUGCUCACGCACCCGAUAGCACCCAGCACUCGGGAUCGUGAUGUUUUGUCGCUAGAGGAGAUGUUGGCGGAGGGCGAUGUAACAGUCAGAGGACCAGGUGUGCCACCUGGCGCUUCGGACCGAACAGCUGCACCGACAGAUCUGCUGCCCUUGCUAAACAAGACACAGAUCAAGCGACUACAAGAAGCCAUGUACCAUAGUGCCGAAAACAAUCAUCUGGAUAUUACAAUAGAGCUGCGAAAAUUGGGUGUUCCGUGGACACUUCACUGUUGGAUGCAUGCGCUAUCCGCCGCCCAUGAACUACGCCUGGAUGUCGUCAUAGAUCAGUUGUUGCAAGACUUUCUGCAGGUCUGCCCGGAUGACUAUAGCGCUCAGUUUGUAAGCGAGUGCCUGCCGCUGCUAUUUAACAUUUUCCGAUACAACAAGAACGAAGGCACCACCCUGCUCUUGGCGGAUAUAUUUGCCACCUGCUUCGGUUGGGAGACACUAAUGCCGCUGAAGGAGCCUGUGCUCCAACCCGUGCACAGUUCGCGCAUCGAUCCGAAAUUUGUCAACAAUCCAGAGCUGAGUGAUGUCACCUUCAGAGUCGAAGGCAAGGUGUUUUAUGGCCACAAAAUUGUUUUGGUAACCGCCUCGCCACGCUUCCAGAGCAUGCUUAGUUCAAAAUUGAGCGACGCGAACACGCCCACUGUGCAGAUCAAUGACAUACGCUACCACAUCUUCCAGCUGGUCAUGCAAUUUCUCUAUAGCGGUGGCUGCAGCUCCCUGGAUGUGUGUAACAGCAAUGUAUUGGAACUGAUGGCUGCCGCCAGUUUCUUCCAGCUAGACGGGCUGCUCCGCUACACUGAGGCGCGUUGCUCUGAAAUGGUUGACAUCGACAAUGUUGUCGCCAUGUACAUUCAUGCUAAGGUUUACAACGCAAACAAUCUGCUCGAGUACUGCCAGGGCUUUCUGCUGCAGAACAUGGUCGCUCUGCUGACUUACGAUGAUUCUGUAAAGCGUUUACUGUUCGCCAAGAAGAUACCAAACCAUGAUGUGCUCGCUGGCUUGCUUCUGACAUUGCAACAACGUCUGAAGACCCGCAAGCCCAAUGGCCUGGUGGCCGCUUUUCGCACGCCACUGCCAACCACGCCCUCAAAGAAAUAG